AUUUCUCCCAACCAGAUCGAGCAGAGGGGCCCAACGCUGUGCUACGACGUGAUCCAGGCCAACUUCUACAGCAGCAAGAUGGCCGACGCCUACGGCCUUGACGUGCUGGACCUCCACUUCCAGUUCCGCUUCUCGCUUGAGCACCGCAUGAAGGAUGGGGUCCACUGGAACUCUCUGGCCCACCGACGCAUCACCACCUUACUGCUGCAACAUGCUGCAGAGGCCUGGGGAGUGUUGCUGCACUGUCCUGCCACUACUGUUGAGCACAUUGAUCAUUCAGAGCAGCAGCAGCUCAAAGCCUACACAAACACCAUGGCCAAGAACACAGUGCUACACAACUGGAGCUACCCACCAGAGCCUCAUUGCAGGAGACCAGACCCCAGGAUGAUGAACCCGGGUCACUGCAGUGUUGCCUGGGAAACAGAGAGGUUUGGACACUCUGACGGCUACGAGCCUCAGGGAGAAUAUUUCACUCCCAAUUCAGCAGGUAUGACUCAGAUAUUUGUAUAAAGACUUCCUAAUACAGUUCUUGAGAAACCUUUUUGGGAAGAAAAAUGUUGUAUUCAUUAAAGCAGCACUUAAAAAAAUUAAACUUUCAGGAGUUGUCUUUCAUAAUUCUGUCAUUUGCUCUAUUGUGCAUCCCAAACAUGGGUGGUGCCUUACAAAAACUAAAUUUCUAGAGGGCUGUGUAGUCUUUUGCUCUUGAAAUAGUAGUUUUUUUAGAUAAUUUUUCUUUUUACUAUUUUGAGGCUUUUUAAGUUGAAAGGCUAUGAAAUUCUGUUCUGUGUUUCCUAUGUUCUGUCAAUGUCAGUCUUUCUUAGUCUUUUCUUGCCACUGUGAGGGGGUUGGUUGUAUGUUUAGGAACACUGGAGAAUUGCCAUGGCAUACUGGAACAUUUUUACAUUUAUACAAUAAAAUUACACUGAUUUCA